AUGAUUUCGAGAUUGAGAUUGAUACAGAGAAAUGUAGUAGUACCAACUACCAGAAGAUUAGUUACUCCAAGCAUAUCGUAUUUGGCUUACAAAGGAUAUUCAACAGAAGCCGGAACGAAACCUAACUCAACUUCUAAAGCAUUCAAGUCUUCGUCUUUUAGUCAACCAAAAGAUAUUCCAAAACCUUCAAGUAGUCAAGCUCAGUCUCCUGAAGUGCCACAAGAAGAUAUUAAUGAUUUUAACAUAACAAGGUUAAUCCAUGGAGAUACAGACAUGAAGAUCGCAAUAACUAAAAGGGCCAGUAAUAAACUAACCGGUAUUGCCGAAGAAGAUAAGAACCCAAAUACUGCAUUAAAAGUUGAGGUUGAGAGUGGUGGGUGCCAUGGAUUUCAAUAUAAUUUAAAGUUAACUGAUUUGACUGAAGAAUUAAAGGAUGAGAAUAACGAACUCUUAGUUUUCAAGAGAAUGGGUGAUGACGGUGAGAUAGCUCAAGUAGUAUUAGAUGAUUCGUCUUUGCAAAUUCUUCAAGACUCUAAAGUUGAUUAUACGAAAGAAUUAAUAGGUAGUCAGUUUAAAAUUGUGGAUUCACCUUACACUUCCACAGCUUGUGGAUGCGGUGCAUCUUUUGAUUUUGAUUUUGAAAAAUUAGAAAGGGUAAAAGAGAAAGAAGCUAAUAAGUAA